CUCCCCUCGGGCUCCGGGCUUCCGCGGGCACCUCCCCAGCGGUCCCCCAGAAGGGCAGCGGCACCAUGCUCUGACGCGGCUCCGGCCCGGAGUCCCUUCCUGCGCAGCCUGCGAGGACUCCCGCGCCAGCUCCACUGCGGACCCGGCACUUUAAGGAAUAACCUCGGCAGCUGCACGGCCCGCGCUCCCAGGACCCUCAUGGGCUGUCUCCACCGCCGGCGAUGAUGGAGAACCUACUACGGGGAAGGAAUCCCCCACAAUAUCAGAGAAGUCCUUGUAAGGAGGUCCGUGCAGCCCUUAGGAAGCGUCCUGAAGAAGAGUGAGCCCGUCACAUGAAAAAAAUGCAAGUCAAAGUGGUCACAACCUAGAAGUCUUCACAGACAGGAAUAACUAGCAAUGCAGUGCCUGGAGAUGACCACCAAGCGCAAGCUCAUCGGCCGCCUGGUGCCCUGCCGCUGUUUCCGUGGUGAGGAAGAGAUCGUCUCAGUGCUGGACUAUUCUCACUGCAGCCUGCAGCAAGUGCCCAAGGAGGUCUUCAACUUUGAGCGUACACUGGAGGAGCUGUACCUCGAUGCCAACCAGAUUGAGGAGCUGCCCAAGCAAUUGUUCAACUGUCAAGCUCUACGAAAACUAAGCAUUCCGGACAACGACCUCUCCAGUCUGCCAACCUCCAUUGCUAGUUUAGUAAAUCUUAAAGAACUUGACAUCAGUAAAAAUGGUGUACAAGAAUUUCCAGAGAGUAUAAAGUGCUGUAAGUGUUUAACAAUUAUUGAAGCCAGUGUCAAUCCCAUUUCUAAACUUCCCGAUGGCUUCACACAGCUUCUCAACCUGACCCAGCUCUACCUGAAUGACGCCUUCCUUGAGUUUCUUCCAGCCAACUUUGGAAGACUUGUCAAAUUGCGCAUCUUGGAGUUAAGAGAAAAUCACUUGAAAACUCUACCAAAGUCAAUGCACAAACUGGCCCAGUUGGAGAGACUUGACCUAGGCAAUAAUGAAUUCAGUGAGCUGCCUGAAGUUCUGGAUCAAAUACAGAAUUUGCGGGAGCUAUGGAUGGAUAACAAUGCAUUACAAGUACUCCCUGGGUCUAUAGGGAAAUUAAAGAUGUUGGUAUACCUGGAUAUGUCAAAAAACAGAAUAGAAACAGUUGACAUGGAUAUUUCUGGAUGUGAAGCACUUGAGGACCUCUUACUGUCAUCCAACAUGCUACAGCAAUUGCCUGACUCCAUAGGACUGUUGAAAAAGCUAACAACUCUAAAAGUAGAUGACAAUCAACUCACAAUGCUACCCAACACAAUUGGAAAUUUAUCUCUAUUAGAAGAGUUUGAUUGUAGCUGCAAUGAACUGGAGUCCCUGCCCUCCACCAUCGGCUACCUUCACAGUCUCCGAACAUUAGCAGUGGAUGAGAAUUUCCUUCCAGAGCUACCCAGAGAGAUUGGAAGCUGUAAGAAUGUGACUGUUAUGUCUCUACGCUCCAAUAAGCUGGAAUUUCUUCCUGAAGAAAUUGGGCAGAUGCAAAAACUAAGAGUUUUAAAUUUGAGUGAUAACAGACUGAAGAACUUACCAUUCUCCUUUACCAAACUUAAAGAGCUUGCAGCACUGUGGCUUUCUGAUAAUCAGUCCAAGGCCCUUAUCCCACUACAGACAGAAGCCCACCCAGAAACUAAGCAAAGGGUUCUGACCAACUAUAUGUUUCCCCAGCAGCCUCGUGGUGAUGAAGAUUUCCAGUCAGACAGUGACAGCUUCAACCCCACCCUGUGGGAAGAACAGAGACAACAGCGGAUGACUGUUGCUUUUGAAUUUGAGGAAAAAAAAGACGACGACGAAAAUGCUGGGGAAGUCAAGGCUCUCUCCUGCCAAGCCCCCUGGGACAGGGGCCAGCGUGGGAUUACUCUCCAACCUGCCAGGCUGUCUGGCGAUUGCUGCACACCAUGGGCCAGGUGUGAUCAGCAGAUCCAAGAUAUGCCCGUCCCCCAGAGUGACCCCCAGCUGGCAUGGGGGUGUAUAAGUGGCCUCCAGCAGGAGAGGAGCAUGUGUACCCAAAUGCCAGUGGCCCAGCCCACCACUCUUCCCUCUCUAAGUGGCAGACAGGUUGAAAUAAACCUAAAACGAUACCCAACUCCUUAUCCAGAGGAUUUAAAGAAUAUGGUAAAAUCUGUUCAAAAUAUGGUGGGUAAGCCAAGCCAUGGAGUACGUGUUGAGAACUCAAAUCCAACAGCUAACACGGAGCAAACUGUGAAAGAAAAGUUUGAACACAAGUGGCCGGUGGCCCCAAAGGAAAUUACAGUGGAGGAUUCCUUUGUUCAUCCCGCUAAUGAAGUGAGGAUUGGGGAACUUCACCCUUCAUUAGCGGAGACCCCUCUGUACCCACCCAAGCUUGUUCUGCUAGGGAAGGACAAAAAAGAAUCAACUGAUGAGUCUGAAGUUGACAAAACUCACUGUCUGAAUAACAGUGUCUCCUCAGGCACUUACUCAGACUACUCACCUUCCCAGGCUUCCUCAGGAUCCUCCAACACACGAGUUAAAGUGGGGUCCUUGCAGACCACAGCUAAAGAUGCAGUUCACAAUUCUCUGUGGGGUAACAGGAUGGCACCACCUUUCCCACAGCCUCUGGAUGCAAAGCCAUUACUCAGUCAGAGGGAAGCUGUGCCCCAGGGGAGUAUCCCCCAGCGCCCAGACCGGCUGCCCAUAGGUGAUGCUUUCUCCGACAGUUGGGCCGACGGCUCCCAUUAUGACAACACAGGCUUUGUUGCUGAGGAAACCACAGUAGAGAAUGCCAACAAUAAUCCUCUCUUAAGCUCCAAGUCUCGAAGCAUGCCUUCUCAUGGCCGCAGGCCUCUGAUCAGGCAAGAGAGGAUUGUGGGGGUCCCACUGGAGCUUGAGCAGUCCACGCACAGACACACGCCAGAAACAGACGUGCCUCCUUCCAACCCUUGGCAGAAUUGGACCAGAACCCCUAGUCCAUUUGAAGACAGGACCGCUUUUCCCUCCAAACUAGAGUCCACCCCCACUACCAGCCCCUUGCCUGAAAGGAAAGACGACAUGAAAGAGCCUGCUGAGGCCGCGGGCCCCUUUUCUCCAGGAGUUCCUUGGGAGUACCAUGACUCCGCGUCUAGCAGGAGUCUUGGCAAUGUCUUCUCCCAAAUCCACUGCCGCCCAGACUCGUCUAAAGGUGUGGUUGCCGUCAGCAAGAGCACGGAAAGGCUCUCCCCACUCAUGAGAGAUAUAAAGUCCAACAAGUUCAAGAAAUCCCAGAGCAUCGAUGAGAUUGACAUCGGCGCCUACAAGGUCUACAACAUCCCCCUGGAGAACUACGCCGCUGGGGGCGGCCACGUGGGAAGCCACGAGCGGCCCGACAGGUUUCUGGGCGCCGAGCACGGCGUGCCCAGCAUGUCUCGCAGCCAGUCGGUGCCCAUGCUGGACGACGAGAUGCUCGCCUACGGCAGUAGCAAGGGGCCCCCGCCGCAGAAAGCGUCCGUGACGAAGAAGGUGUACCAGUUCGAUCAGAGCUUCAAUCCGCAGGGCGCAGUGGAGCUAAAGGCUGAGAAAAGAAUCCCGCCCCCUUUUGCACACAAUGCUGAGUACGUGCAACCGCCCAGCAAGAACCUGGCCAAGGACCUGGUGAGCCCACGAGCCUACAGAGGGUACCCCCCCAUGGAGCAGAUGUUCUCCUUCUCGCAGCCCUCUGUGAACGACGAUGUUCUGGUCAACGCCCAGUUUGCCAGCCAGGGGCCCAGGGCAGGCUUCCUGAGAAGGGCCGACUCGCUGGCCAGCUCCACCGAGAUGGCCAUGUUCCGAAGGGUCAGCGAGCCCCACGAGCUGCCCCCCGGGGACAGGUAUGGCCGAGCGGCCUAUAGGGGAGGGCUGGACGGCCAGAGCGGUGUGGCAGGGCCUGAAGCCCAGUUCCUCAAGAGGAAUGGCAGGUACGAAGACCAGCACCCUUCAUACCAAGACGUGAAAGCUCAGGCGGGAAGUUUCCCCGUUAAAAACCUGACCCAGAGGAGGCCUCUGUCGGCCAGAAGCUACAGUACAGAGAGUUAUGGGGCCUCCCAAGCCAGGCCAGUCUCAGCUAGGCCUACUAUGGCAGCCCUCCUGGAAAAAAUACCGUCUGACUAUAACUUGGGUAACUAUGGUGACAAGCCAUCAGAUAACAGUGAUAUAAAGACAAGGCCCACCCCUGUGAAGGGAGAGGAGAGCUGUGGGAAAAUGCCUGCAGACUGGAGACAGCAGCUGCUUAGACAUAUAGAAGCUAGAAGGUUAGACAGGAAUGCUGCUUACAAACACAAUACAGUUAACCUUGGCAUGCUGCCCUAUGGAGGUAUUUCAGCAAUGCAUGCAGGCAGAAGCAUGACUUUAAACUUGCAGACUAAGUCUAAAUUUGACCAUCAAGAACUACCUCUUCAGAAAAGCCCGUCCCAGCAAAGCAACAUUUUAGACAAUGGACAAGAAGAUGUCUCUCCUAGUGGCCAGUGGAAUCCUUACCCACUUGGGAGGCGGGAUGUUCCUCCGGACACCAUUACUAAAAAGGCCGGCAGCCACAUCCAGACCCUAAUGGGGUCUCAGAGUCUUCAGCAUCGCAGCCGGGAGCAGCAACCAUACGAAGGCAACAUCAACAAAGUGACCAUACAGCAGUUUCAGUCACCACUGCCUAUCCAGAUCCCUUCUUCACAGGCCCCCCGAGGACCUCAGCCUGGACGGUGCUUAAUUCAAACGAAAGGGCAGAGGAGCAUGGAUGGGUAUCCAGAGCAGUUUUGUGUGAGGAUAGAAAAGAACCCUGGGCUGGGGUUUAGCAUCAGUGGUGGAAUCAGUGGACAAGGAAACCCAUUCAAACCUUCUGACAAGGGUAUCUUUGUUACUAGGGUUCAGCCUGAUGGACCAGCAUCUAACCUACUACAGCCUGGGGAUAAGAUUCUUCAGGCAAAUGGACACAGCUUUGUACAUAUGGAACAUGAAAAAGCUGUCUUACUAUUGAAGAGUUUCCAGAACACAGUAGACCUAGUUAUUCAACAGAACACUGAACUAACAAGGAAUUCUACAGGACAGUGGCAUUUCAAUGAGCUGAUUAACAAUGACUGAGACACUGCAUGCUAUGAUUUUAGGUUGUUUCCAUCUUCUAACCCAUUUGGUUAUCAGUUUGUUUGGCCCUUAGUAAUCUGCAGGGGACCAUCCUUCUCAUUAAUUCUAUACAAUGAAGGUCUAGCUUACUUAUAUGGCACACACAUACAUGUAAACUUUCCAUGUGAUCCAAUCAGGGAAUUGCUGCACUCCUGAAAGUUUAAGGACUCCUACGUAGUGAAACCCCUUUGGGUGGGUGACUCCUUGAGAAGCGCAUUCUUGGUGACAGUGGACUUUGCUACCCUAUGUACAACACAGCAGCAACAGCUCAAUGCCAAGCACCCAGAGCUCCUUCGGGGGAACUUGAACUGAUUUCAGAGAAAUUCAUUCUCCUGUUCAGUCUUCACGUUUACAGUAUGUGAACGGAAGGUUUCUUUCUCCAGACCUCUUUCGUUGUCUCUGUGGUACAUGGGGACGCCACAUGCUAUGUUAAUGCAUGCAUUUCACAGUGUGGACGCUCCCCUUGUAAAGCUUUCACACAAGAACCCACCAGCCACAGCAGUGCACCAAGAGGCUAACUCUUUAUAAAGCGAGGCCUUGUUCUGCCUCUUUGCUGGCUGCAGUGGCUGCACUCGAGCCUGGAUGGGAGGGGCAGCAUACAC